CUUCGUCCGAGCCGUCUUCAUGCUGGAGGCGCCGGAGCACGAGGCGUCCGUGGGCGUCGGCCUGCGCGAGCAGCGGCGCCGUGGGGCUCCACUUCAUGUCGAAGACGCCGGCGGUCUCCACCGUGUUGAGCAGCCGGAGCCGUCGGGACUUGUCCUCCGCGCCGGCGUCCACGGAGAAGAGCGAUACGGUGCCCGCGCGGUCCUGCUGCUGCUGCUCCUCUCCCGCCUGCUCCUGCAGCGUGUACGUGGCUGCCGCCAGGAUGUGGCGGAAGGGGCGGUGCGGGCAGAACUCCACCGCGUCGGCGUUGCCGCCGAGGUGGCAGGACCCCACGUCCAUUCCCAGACCCUCGCUUUCCCCCGGGAUGCAGGCGGCGGGGCGGCGGCGAGGGUGGAGGGCUCCCAAAUCGUUGAGCUUCAGAGGCAGGGGCAAAAGAGUCAAUGGUUACCAGUCAAACCUAGUCAUACUAACCUAUCCUAAUCAUGUGGCGGGGGCGAGCAAACGGACACCGAUGGGCACCUUAGCCGCGGCGAUUCCCGUGACCGCCGGGGCGACGGCGCCGUCCAGGCACGCCGGCGGAAGACGACACCGCCCCCGCGGCUCCGUCGCCGUGCGCUGCUCGUCCGCGGCCGACGAGCGGCAGGCCCUCUUCAACCGCAUCGCCCCCGUCUACGACCAUCUCAACGACGUGCUCAGCCUGGGGCAGCACUGGACGUGGAAGCGCAUCUGCGUCUCUUGGUCAAUGGCGAAGAGAGGGGAUCGGGUUCUUGAUCUCUGCUGCGGGAGCGGGGAUUUGGCGUUCCUUCUGUCUCAGAAGGUCGGCCUAGACGGAGAGGUGAUGGGUGUGGAUUUCUCAUGGCAGCAACUGCAAACUGCUGCUAGCCGUCAGGACCAACGCUGGAAGGCUUGCUACAAGAACAUCAAAUGGAUCGAGGGCGAUGCACUUGAUUUACCUUUCACGGACCGUUACUUUGAUGCUGUUACGGUUGGUUAUGGAUUGCGCAAUGUGGUGGACAAACCCAAAGCAAUGCGAGAGAUCCUUAGAGUCCUAAAACCAGGAUCACGAGCAUCUGUUCUAGAUUUCAACAAGAGUUCGUCAUUUUUCACGGCAUCGUUACAGAGUUGGGCGAUCAAUAAUGUCGUGGUUCCUCUGGCUAGUAGCUAUGGACUUACUGAAGAGUACAAGUACUUGAAAAGUUCGAUAUCACAUUAUCUUACAGGUUUGAACAUAAUGUUUCGUUCCUACGCGCGGAGAGCUCUAGGCUAG